AUGGCAUCCAAAGGAAUCGAAUGGAAUCCAAAGGAAUCAAUACACGAUGACGACGACAUGAGUUCAGAAUCAGAUGAUUGUGAAUAUGAAAACAACGAUGAUGAAAACAACGAUAAUAAUAUUAGUACCGAUGAAGACGAGGAUGCUUCAUCUGAUAAUGAUGAAAAUGUUGAACGUGUUCAAUCUAUAAAAACAAUUUUUUCUGGAACGUGCAUCAAAGAUAAAAUUAAUCCUGAUUUAGCAAACUCAUAUUUCAAAGUGAAAAUUAAUGAUACGAUGAAAUUCUUACAUAAACAGUCAGCAGUAUGGCUGUUGACUGACAAAAAUGAUCGUCUGUCAGCCGAUAGGUUAUUACGAGUUAUGGAAGACAGCAAGCAAAAUUAA